AUAACGUAAAAACAAAAAUAAUGGUUCAUGAAGUGAGCAGAGUACACAUAAAAAAGGCCAAGGCCCAAUCUAUAAGUGACAGUUAAAAUGACUCACCGCUGUCUAACUAACUCUUCCUCUCCCAACAAAUUCCCCAACUACCCAUCCAUCAACCAUGUCCACCUCCACUAACACCAACACCGACAACGCCGCCGUCAAACCAUCAACUCCACCGGAACCAACACAGCCACCACGGCUAAUACCAUCUCUCCCAGACGACGUGGCUUUAAACAUCAUAGCCCGAGUCCCAAGACGCCACCACCCAACCCUUUCAUUAGUCUCAAAAUCUAUGAAAUCCCUUCUCUCUUCGCCUCUCCUUUACGCCGCCCGUUCCCUCCUCAGCUGCGCCGAGCACUUCCUCUACAUCUCGCUCCGCCUCCACACCAGCCACUUCAUGCGCUUCUACACACUCUACCAAAACCCCAAUAACCCAUUAAAUCCCAAAUACUCCCUCAUCCCCCUCCCUCUUAUCCCUUCCCCUUCCUUAGUCGGCUCCGCCUUCGCCGCCAUCAACCACAAAAUCUACGUCCUCGGCGGCUCCAUUAAAGACGUCCCUUCUCCACAAGUGUGGUCCCUUGACUGCCGGACCCACAAAUGGGAACCAGCUCCGAACAUGCAUGUUUCCCGCGAGUUCGCCGCUGCCGGAGCCGUUGACGAUAAAAUUUACGUCAUCGGCGGUUGCGUGGUUGAUAAUUGGGCUAGGUCGAAGAACUGGGCUGAAGUUUAUGACCCCAAAACGGGGAAAUGGAACUCCGUUCCAAGUCCAAUCCAAAUCCGGGACAAAUGGAUGCAUGCGAGCGCUGUUAUUGAUGGAAAAGUUUACGCUAUGGCUGAUAGAAACGGGGUUUGCUACGAAGUUAAAAGCGGGAAUUGGGAAACGGUGGACAGUGAUUUGGAUAAUGGGUGGCGAGGGAGAGCUUGCGUGAUCGAUGGGGUUUUGUUUUGCUAUGAUUAUUUGGGGAAUAUAAGGGGGUAUGAUGUGAAGAAAGGGACUUGGAAGGAAUUGAAAGGGUUGGACAAAGGGUUGCCGAAAUUUCUAUGCGGUGCUACAAUGGCGAAUUUGGGAGGGAAGUUGAUGGUGGUCUGGGAAUCAAAGAAUGGAGGUGGGAAAGAAACGGAAAUUCGAUGCGCUGAGAUUCAGGUGAAGACAAAUGAAGCUGGGGAGUUAUGGGGGAACAUUGAGUGGUCUGAUGUUGUUCUUUUGGUUCCCAGAGAAGCUUCCAUUGUUCAUUGCUUGGCAGUUGCUUUGUGAUACUCAAUGGAAACGGUUGGCUGGAGGAAUGUGCCAUGCCAGAAGCAGCAAAGCUUUGGAUUGAGCCAUCCCACUAAAGCGAUGUGCUGUUAAACUCCAUGGAAAUGGCAUUGCAAUCUCAUGGUCGAGGUGGUUCACAUUCUCUUCUAAGGUUACUUUGCUUAGAAAAGCUUAUUUGCAUUUCGGAAAUAACAGUUAUAAUCAAUGUAUUUAUGUGGCCGUUGAAAAUAAAGGAGUUUUAUUAACUUCAGUACUGUCCACCGUGUGAGAGUGUCUGUAGCACAUGUAAUGUAAGUGGUGAUAUCAUUGUCAUCAUAUGUUCUUUCCCAAAUUAUGAUUUGGAUAUAAUGUUAGAAAUUUUAAGUUGUAAAUGUUUGUUUAUAGUUGAAUUUAUUGAAGUUGGAACUUAUUUGUAAAAA